AUGUCGGCAUCAGAGCAGCCACUUGCGAAUGCACCAGAUCGUACUGGAUACAAAAUUUGCGGAGAAUGCAAAAUGCGGUAUGUGACGCCUGGAGAUGUGUAUCCAAAAGGUAAACGAAAAGGCGAACAACAAGAUCGCUGCCUUAUUUGUAGGCGCCUUAAGACUAAGAAGGAAUUCCCACAAGACCUGGUCUUAUCAAAGCACGAGAGGCUGAGCCAGAAGAGUACUUUAAAGUCCCCAGAUGUUGUAGAGCAAUGGUUAGCACGCCUCACGUCUGAGCAAGAGAGUGUGCUAUUUCACACUAAAAGCAUAAUUGGAAAGCUCCCUCAGGGUACAAGAAGGCCUGACAUUACUCGCGCAACACACCAUAUACAUUGGGAUGAUGUUGAAGAAAGACUGCGGGAUAUUUACUCGUUGGAACGACUUUUCAAUGGCUUUGAGUCACUGAUGGGAUGUUAUGAAUCUGAGGUGAACACUGUUCAUCCUAUCGGCCUGAUUGCUGUAUCUCUCAACAACUGCGCGAUCCGCAGCGAACAACCUUUCAAAUUCAGUUGGAUGCAAGACAAAGAGUUCAAAGAUUCAGCUGUUCCUGGGAAGAGCGGAGCGAAAUCUGCACUCAUCAUUGCACUGGAGGCGUGGCUGCCUUCUGAGAAGGCGUGGUGGAACACCGCCACACCGUCACAACGCUUGAAGAAGUGUUCAUUGUGGGAGAUCAAUAUACAGCCAAGUGCAAGCACUAUGUUGAUUCCGUACACGGAGAUGGAUUCAUGCACAUUUGAUCUCACUAGAAAGACGGCUAACCUCGUGCCUCACCAUCUUCAUGAGUGCCUCUUAUGGGCACGGAAAACCUAUAAAGGCCAUCGCAUUGAGGAACCUGGCCAACUGCUUCUCCCUCAAGGCAUUCCUUAUGCGCCCCAAAUCCAGUGCAAGGCGAGUGCCGAUUUGCUGACUGUUCUUGCCCAUGCGUUCCAUCGCCACGAUAAAAUAGAAUGGAGAAUCUUGUAUGAUUCCAUUCUAUCUGAGAUGCACAAGAUAAAAGAUGCAGGAAAUGCGCAGCGAGCGAAGUUCAAAGAGCUAGUAGAGGAAGAACGCGCCAGGUCAUGCAACGCGCUAAAGGACAAUGAAAGCGCUUCGGAACAGAGAUCCAGAGAAGAUGUGAUGAUAUCGUCGGAAGUGGGAAGCAAAAAGCGACCAUUAUCGGUAUUUGAUGAAGACAAAGGUUCUGACGACUGGGAGAAAAGCAGUCUUCUCCUCCGCCCAAGGAAGAAGUAUAAUGGAAAGAGCGUUGAAGGGUGGCUGAACGAUCGGAAUGAUUUGCCAUAG